UAUUUUCUCAGAUUCAAAAAACCUGCAAAAUUUUCUUCCAGGAAGAAAGAGUUGAAAAUCAAUGGAAUACUAUGCAAGCAGUUCAGCAGCCGUAAACAUUGACCGCAAGCAUCGCCAUAAAUGCAGAAACAUCUGUUUUGCAACGAUGGGUGUUUUAUUAUUCUUUAUAAUCCUCAUCGUGAUCUUAAUUUUCACGGUUUUCAAGCCCAAAAACCCCGUCACAACGAUCAACUCAGUCACCUUAGCCGGCCUGAAGCUUUCCCUGGAUUUGACAAAGUUCCAGGUGUUGUUCAACGCUACCCUGGACGUGGAUCUCUCGAUCAAGAACUCGAACAAAGUGGGGUUCAAGUACGCUGACUCGACCGCUUAUUUGAAUUACAGGGGCCAGAAAGUAGGCGAAGCUGCAAUUCCAGCCGGAACGAUUUCCGCAGAUGACACGGCUACGAUGAUUCUGACGAUGACUGUCAUGGCGGAUCGAUUCAUAUCGGAUUCGAAUUUUUUGGGUGAUGUCUGGGGUGGUGAACUGCCUUUGAACACAUUUGCAGAGGUUUCAGGCAAGGUUAAUGUCUUGAAUCUGUUUAAGAUCCACGUUGUUUCUACAGCUUCAUGCGAUAUUAUUGUCUUUUUGUCAAAUUCAACUGUUGCAGACCAAAACUGCAACUAUAACUAUGAGUUGUAAGUAAUAUUUCCA